AUGGCUCCUGAGGAUAAAGACCAGCAAGGUGACGCCAAGGCGACGACCUCGACUGCUGGAGGUUCAGCUGGCGCACCAUACACCAGGCUACCGAAUGGCACCAUCGUAGACAAGGACGGCAAGCCCUGUCGCCCCUGCAAUUCGAAAUCGGCGUUCUCCGCCUUCGCCGCUCAAGCCACCAAACAGUCCAAGAAACCCAAAGUCGAGUGCCCACCAGACGUCGAAACCCUGGGCCGCUGCUCGUGGACUCUUCUACACUCCAUCGCCGCUACAUAUCCUGAUAAACCGACAACGUCGCAGCAGUCGGACGUCGUGUCGUUCGUCAAGCUCUUCUCGAAGCUGUACCCCUGCUGGGUAUGCGCGGAAGAUUUCCAAGGGUACAUCACCAAGAGCGCGCCCAAGGCGGGGAGUAGAAAUGAACUGGGAGACUGGAUGUGCAAGGCACACAACGAUGUCAAUGUCAAGCUGGGCAAGCCGACGUUUGACUGCGGCAAAUGGGAGGAGCGUUGGGUGACGGGCCCUAAAGAUGGGAGCUGUGACUGA